AAGAAUGUUAACUAUAAAUAUAACUAUAUUAGCGUCCACAUCAACAUACAGUAAAGUUGUUUUUUGCAAGAACAUGCUGCAGUUAUGUCGACUUCCCCAAAUCGUUCCACUUCCACAAAUCGUUCUGAAAGUGGUCCAGUGAUGUAGUUUCUGUUGUUAUCGUUACAGUUGUGGUGUGGACUUCUCUAUUCUCAUAGAAUUAUAGAAUAUUAGAACUUGGUGUGGAACGGCCUCAAGUCUUGCAAUGUUCUGAAUAAUUCUAAAAGAAAUAAUCAUGGUUACUAAUCCAAUAAGUGUUCAGAAUUAGGGUUUUCUGUAAAAUGGUCCCUGGUUUAGUAAUUAAAGUGCUUAAUUUGUAUGCGCUCUCCCACAUAGUUCAUUCAAUGCAUCCUGCCCUGUUGCACUAAGUAACUGUCAAUCAAGUGCAGUGCUCCUCAGAAGAGCACCGCAGCUUAUGUGGAGAUGGAGGAACGCGCUCGGAGCUGCCUGCUGCGCUCCAAAGACACUCUAGAGCAGGACAUUAAAGCCUCCUACUUGAUGGACCACAUGGUCAGCGACGACAUCUUGACGAAUGAUGAAGAAGCAAGGGUGCUUGGCAAGCCUACUAGAAGAGAGCAGGCCACAGCCCUGCUAGAGGUGCUAUUGAGGAAAGACAACAGGGCCUACAUCUCCUUCUACAAUGCGCUGGUCAGGGAGAGUUAUGGAGAUCUGGCCAACCUCCUCCAUAGUGACUUGCCUCUCCUCAGCCCUGAGGGAGAGCGAAGCUUUGCUGAUGGAGUGUCUCCCUCUGUCCAGGCAAUUCUGAGUGAAGGUGGGGUGCCUCAGAGACCUGUGGUGUUUGUGAGCCGACCCACUCUGCUCAACCUGGUCCGGGAGAAGCUGUACUGGCUGAAGAAUACACCAGGCUGGGUCACUGUGUUUGGCAUGGCGGGCUCAGGGAAGUCUGUGAUGGCUGCCGAGGCGGUUCGAGACCAUGCCCUUAUUAAGGAGUGUUUUCCAGGUGGCGUUCAUUGGCUUUCUGUCGGCCAAUGUGAGCGGGCAGACCUGUUGGUAAGGAUACAGUCUUUAUGUUUCCGUUUGGAGCAGGGUCAAAGUUCAGAUGCCAGUCUGCGGCCACCCUGCUCCGUGGAGGAGGCCAAAGAGCGUCUACGGUUUCUAAUGCACCGCAGGUUCCCUAGAUCCCUGCUGAUUCUGGACGAUGUGUGGGACAGCUUUGCUCUCAGGUCCUUUGAUAUCCAGUGCAGAGUUCUUCUGACCACGCGUAAUCGAAGUCUGGCCGACUCUGUUAGCGGUACAAGGUUUGAAGUGCCCGUUGAGAGCGGUCUAGAUGAGGAGAAAGCCCUGGAAAUUCUUGCUUUGUAUGUCAAUGGGAAACCACAGAAACUUCCAGAAGAGGCCCGUAGCAUUGUGAGCGAAUGUAAAGGUUCUCCUCUGGUUGUUUCUCUGAUUGGAGCUCUAUUGAGGGAGUUCCCUGACCGCUGGAGCUACUACCUGCGACAGCUGCAGAAGAAGCAGUUCAAGCGGAUCCGUAAGUCAUCGUCCUACGACUAUGAAGCUCUGGACCAGGCCAUGGACGCCAGUCUGCAGGUUUUGGAGCCAGAACACAGAGAUCUGUACAGAGACCUGAGCGUCAUGCAGAAAGACAUCAAAGUGCCUGCUAAGAUUCUGUCAGUACUGUGGGGUCUUGAGUUGGAGGAGGUGGAGGAUAUCCUACAGGAGUUUGUGAAUAAAUCUCUGCUGUUUCGAGACUGUAACCAGCGACCAUACCACUAUUACCUUCAUGAUCUGCAGCUGGACUUUCUCGUCGAACAGAAUCGUGAUCAAAUUGCUGAACUACAUAAAAAGAUGAUCCGUCAAUACCAGAAGUUCUACAAUGAAAGGCCACCCAGCUCUGGAGAUAUAGACUGUUUGUAUUGGUACCGCUUCCUCCCAUACCACAUGGCUAAAGCAGGACUGUCUAAGGAGCUAUAUUCACUGAUGUUUUCAUUGGACUGGGUCAAAGAGAAAGCUCAGAUUAUGGGAUCUCCCCAUCUUAUCAACGAUUAUGUAGAAUAUGGUGAAAUACUAGAUAAAGAGAAUAGUGAGGUGAGACUGCAGUUUCAGGAGUUCCUGUCUUUAAAUGGCCAUCAUUUGGAGCAGAGGCCAUUUCCUGACAUAGUGCAGUUGGCUCUGUCUCAGCCUGUGUGUUCAGAGGUUUACAGACAGGCCUUGAUGCAGGCGCAGAAAAGGGCCAGCAGAGGGCAGCUCUGUCUGGACUGGGUGAGCAAAAAUAAUCAGGACAGUUUGUCCAGGCUGGUCAUGCAUCCUCAGCAGGGGUCUGUCUACUAUGCUUGCUUUUCCAAAGAUGGGAGUAAAAUCGCCUCUUGUGGGGCCAACAAGGCGCUGCGGGUGUUUAAAACAACCUCUGGAGAGAAACUUCUGGAGCUUCAGGCUCAUGAUGAAGAUGUUCUGUGCUGUGCCUUCUCUCCAGAUGACCGUUACAUUGCUACCUGCUCCAGUGACAGGAAGGUUAAGUUGUGGAGUGUUGAGCGGGGUACUCUUAUCAGAGAGUUUGGGGAGGAACAUGAGGAACAGAUAAACCACUGCCAGUUCACCAACACAGGCCGACGUGUCCUGCUGGCCACCUGCUCAAACGACAAAUUCACCAACACUAAACUAUGGAAUCCCAACAAGCCGACCUCUCAGAACACUAUGUUUGGACACAUGGAACCUGUCAAUCACUGCUGCUUUUCUCCUAACGACGCCUACCUUGCCACUUCAUCCAGUGACGGCACCUUGAAGCUGUUUGAGGUGUCAUCUGCGAACGAGUGGAAAUCAAUUGAUGUCAAUAGUUUUUUCUCAGAGAGUGACGAUGAAAUAAAAGCCAUUGUGAAAUGCAGCACUUGGUCGGCCGAUGGCUCACGGAUCAUUUGUGCUGCCAGAAACGCUGUGUUUGUGUUUGAGGUAAAGACGUCAGACAUGCUGUUGGAGAUGAAGACGAGUCGUCUGAGCACAGUGCAGUACUGCCACGCGUGUCCCAACAGCAGCCUGCUGGCCGUUGCUCUCUCUCAUUACACUGUAGAGUUGUGGAACUUUGAGACCAGUAAAAAGAAAGCCGAAUGCAACGGUCAUCUAAGCUGGGUUCAUUGUGUCCAGUUUUCACCUGAUGGCUCACUCCUGCUGUCCUCCUCCUCUGAUCAGACCAUCAGGCUGUGGGAAACAGAUCGGGUUCACACCUCCUCUGCUGCGGCUCUGAAGCGGGAUUCUGAUGUUCUCUUCUCCCACAGUGACGUUACAAUGGUGGCACCAGACAGCAGAAACCGAUUACAGGUACGGACCGGAUUGGCAGGUGCCAUUCUGUUUGAGAGUGAAGAGUUGCCAUCCAGGAUUCGCUGUACGUGUAUCAGCAGAAAUGCUUCAUUUGUGGCCCUAGGAACUGAGGAUGGAACUGUACAGGUGUUGGAGGUUCCAUCUGGAAAAACAUCACUGAAGCUCACGGGUCACACUAGGACUGUUCACCACUGUCAGUUCACUGAUGAUGGUGAAACCCUCAUCACAUCCUCAGAAGACACCACUGUCCGGGUGUGGAAGUGGAGGACAGGUGAGUGUCUGGUGCUGCAGGGCCAUAAGGAGCCGGUCAGGAAGUUUCACCUGUUGAACAACUCUUCUUCCUCUCACCUAUUGUCAUGGUCGUUUGAUGGCACUCUUAAGGUCUGGGAUCUGAACAGAGGGCAUAUGCUGCAAGACCUUGAGUGUCAUAAGGGUGCUGUCCUGUCAUGUGAUGUGUCCUCUGACGGACGUCUCUUUGCCACCACAUCGGCUGAUAGGACUGCUAAGGUAUGGAGCAGUGCCUCGUGGGAGAACACUUUUUUACUGAAGGGACACAAGGACUGCGUUCGUAGCUGCCGUUUUUCUUGGAACAACAAGCGACUUGCGACGGGUGAUGACAACGGAGAAAUCAGGCUGUGGAGCAUGCUGGAUGGAGCUCUUCUGAAGAUCUGUUCCCAGGCCACUAAGGACUCCAUGGACUCUUUCCACGGUGGAUGGGUGACUGACCUGCACUUCUCCCCUGAUAACAGAGUACUGGUCUCUACCGGCGGAUACAUCAAGACAGUGAAUCCCAAACAAAACUCCCACACUGGCGAGCAAACCUUUUUUGGGUGCAUGAUGAGUGUCUCUCACUUAAGCCUGUCAUUUCUGACAUGA